AGAGAGGAUGCUUCUAGAUGAGUGUGUUAAUGUGCAAUCACACCAUCUCAUAGGUCAAAACUAGUAAUUUACUAGAACUAGGGCUCACAGAGAUACAGUGCCCACAUUCUUUUUGUUAGUUGGGUUGCUGGUGUCAUCACCCACCACCCCCUCCAUCCUCAAUUUUCCUAGUUCCCUUCCAUCUUAGCUGCAAUCCUCAUGGAGAUUAAUUACCUCAGCAACAAUAUAUUGUUUCUUUUUAUAACACAAAAUAUUUGGGGGUGACUUGGUCUUGAACAGGCAAUUAAGACCCAUUACAUUUACAAAAGUCCUGCUCUUCUGGAGAUGAAAAGUGCUACAAUGCAUUAGUUUUUAUGGAUCAGCACUGUAGUCUGAACUGAACUGUCUUUGGGGGCAUGUCUAUUAGUAUUGUCAUGAUGGGUGCCUACACAUCAAAAUUUACCAUUAUACUAUUGGUCAAGAAGAUAUCUUCAGUUUGUAACCCACCCAAACCCCUUUUCUUUUUUCUCGUCAGGAAAAAAUCAGUUUAAAAAGAAAAAUCAGUUUUUUUAAAAAAAAGUAGGAAUAACUGGAAAAUGAUUUUUGAUUGUUAGUUUUGGAAUCCUGGCAGUAUGAACAUAUUGUCUACUGAUGUAGACAGCAGCCCUGUCCUGUGUAGCUACCUUCUAAGUUUAAAACAACUGCUGGACUGAUUUGUGAAAAUGCGCUGAAGUGCAAUAAUGGGUAGUGAUCAGCCUGGAGCAGUGGGGCUGUGCCAUGAGGUGAAGCUAUGAGAGAGGUUGCCAUGCGAAGAAUACUUGGAAAACAUUCAGAGAAUAGGCUGGACGACUGAGUGGACAAGAUGGCAUGUCAAGCAGCUGCACAUUUUAUUGUCUGUUCAGGAGUAACAUGGGUUAAUGAGCAAAAACCCAAUGCACCAAUAUAUCCUACUUUCCAGGUGGCUUAGUGUUAUAUCUAUGGCAAAGACUAAUUUUACACUAUAACAUAGGAACCACACUAAUUUCUACACAUGACAGUUCUGUUUGCAGGGUUUAAAAAAAACCCUCUAUAAUAUGGCAUUUCUCAACACACAAAACUAAAAUAAACAGAGCCAAUGUUCAUCAGAUGGUUAGAGCAUUGUAAAAGAAUACACCUUUCUGUGGUAGCCCCUGGUUAUCAAAUGCUCUCAAGAAAGUUUACUUAGUGCCAGCUUUGUACUCUGCAAAGCUGUUUCUCUUCUCCUGGACAUUUGGAUAGUUUUAAUAGUCUGGCAUUUCAGGGUUUUUAUUGUUUGGUUCACCUCUGUACUGAAUUUUUGUCCUUUACCAUUGGUGAUCUUAUAGAUGUGUAUUUUUUAUGUAUUUAUGUUAUUAACAAUUGUUGCAUCGUAUUAGUGGAAUGGUGCGACUGACAUCCUGCACCAGCAAGGAGUUAGACCCGGUGGCCGCCUUGGCCCCUUCUGACCCUACCAUUCUAUGAAUCUGUUUUACGUUUAUUGUGUCAUCGAAAAUCAAUUCAGGACUCCUUUGGGUUGUGUGGAAAAAAUACAUAAAGAUAUUAAUUUUAGCCCCUUCUCUUGAUUUAUUCCUUAAGGCACGUGGAGAUUGCAUCCUUUUAAGCAUUAGAUGGCACCAUUGUCUUCGCGGUUGGAGGCCAAUAGUCACCCUCAGACCGCCCUCAGACUAUCCUAUUGGCGGUUACAGAGGGGAAAUUAAUUAUUCUAUGGUAAAAGGAUAGCUUCCCAACAGCAGUCCGAGGGAGGACUAUAUUAGACAACAAGUAAGAAUAACUUCUGGUGGCUAUCUCAUCUUAGGAGGGGCCUCCCAAUUUGGAACACUCCCGUCCUCCUUAGACCCUAGCCACAUUUGCUUCGAUUUUUUUAGGGAUAAGCGUUACCCACGAAGCGUGGAACAGCCCAUUUGUGACAGGCAAUAGGGGCACACGAGUGCUCUUAGGGAAGCUGAAGACAGCAGCGAGCUUGCUGACUUCUCCUCUAACGUGCAGAUGAAGAAUGCAGUGAGUUACUUCCUUCGCGAGACGUCAGCGGGCAUUUCCCGCUAGCGCCCUCUCUUGUUUUUAUGAUUCUUCGUCGCCGCUGGCAAGUGGUCGCUUCCAUCCAAUUAGAAUCCUCCGGAGGAGGUGGAAGGGCGGCCGCGCCAACGGACGCGCCAGAAACAGCAGUGGCCGUUUGGAGGCCGCCAGGAAGAUCUGCUGGCUGCCCCCUCUCCCUUUGUCACUGCUCCCCCGCGCGCCCCCCCGGGGAAGUAGGAAUACAGAUCAGACAAGAUGUCUAAUCCUAAAGAUACUACUUCAAGUGACUGCAGUGAAUCUCAGAACACAGACUGUAAUGCCAGAAAAAUGAAGGAGCCUGAAGACAGCAAUGGUGGAGACAUGCCCAACCUCUGUUCACCUGAUAUUCCACCUUCCAGCCCUCUCCAAUCUCUUUCUAUGUCAGAACUCAUAGAAACAGCCAAUGAAGUUUCAAAAAUGACCAUAGCACAUGAAAUUGUAGUAAAUCAUGACUUCAAACUUCAAGAGACCAAUUUCUCAUCAAACAGUUUGAAAAGCAGAGUGAAAGAGACACUGCACAAAGUGUUUUGGGACAGUCUGCGAGAACAGCUGUCCAAAAUGCCACCAGAUUAUUCCCAAGUUGUCAAACUACUUCAAGAAAUCAAAGAGAUCCUGCUCUCCCUGCUUCUCCCCCGGCAAACUCAUUUGCGAAGGCAGAUUGAAGAAACGCUGGAUAUGGAGUUGAUAAAACAAGAGGCUGAACAUGGGGCUUUGGACAUCCCCAACCUUACCACAUACAUCUUGGGUACAAUGGCAAUCUUAUGUGCACCUGUUAGAGAUGAAGAAGUGCAGGGUCUACGAGUUAUUGCAGACCCUGUUCAUCUGCUCAGAGAGCUGUUCCGAGUUCUGGACUUAAUGAAAAUGGAUAUGGUAAAUUUUACCAUACAAAGCCUUCGACCCCAUCUCCAGGAGCACUCUGUCCAGUACGAGAGGAACAAAUUUCAGGAGCUCCUGAACAAACUACCAGGCAGCCUAGCUUGCACAACAGAGUGGCUGCGCAAGGCAGCAGCUGAACUGUCAAAUUUUGAUUUGCUACCUUCUUCAUCUACCUCUGAAAGCAGUGGCUCACACACUCCCUCCUCCCACAUGGCUGCCAGAGAAUCACUGAUUCAUAGUCCUACAGCUGUGCUAAACCAAGCAUACAUGGAUUUGCUGCACUGGGAGCCUGGAAAAGAAGACUAUCCUGAGACCCUGCUGAUGGACAAAGCCCGUUUACAUGCCCUCCAGGUGAAAGUAAAUCACCUAGCUGUAAUUGCUGCAGUCUUACUAGUGAGCAGCAGUACAUGUGGAAGUAAUAUAUUCAGCUUGCCAGGAUAUGGUGAUAGGCUGAAGCGGGUAACAAAAGCCCUUCUGGAAGGACUUCCUGAUGCAAGGUUAGAAGAUGCUUUACUGGAUAUCAGCAAUCAAAUACACCAGGAAGUAAACAGAAUCCUCCUCCAGUUGGGGUACCCUGCUCUUAGCACUGACAAAAGUGCUUCACUUAAAGGUCAGCUGAGGAGCCUUGCAGAUAAAGACAAUGCACUGCGGCUUCUAAUUGAGCAGCGGAUCCAGACUUUUCUUAGGCACUGCUUGUAUCCAGGUGGCCAGAAAUCUAAGAAUCUACUCCAAGGCCUGGCUCCUAUUCAGGAAGAACUACUGGAAGUUGGUCAGAGAUUUGGCAGCUUGGUUAAUCACAACAGACAGGUGUUUGGUCCCUACUACUCAGGAAUACUGAAGAAAUUGCUGCUUCCAGAGGGAAAGUCUGACACAGGGACAGUAUCUUAUUAACCAUCUCAAACAAGGCGGAGCAUGUGACAGCAGGGAGAGGGGAGAAGAUGACUGGCAAUUGCUCAGACUGUGCUUUGGCUCAAUGUCCAGUGUAAUCAACUGAGCAGCUGUCCUGCUCUGUGCUUUGAUAGUGAAAGCACUUAAACAGCUGGACCAUUGAAACUGCACAGUACAGUUACAUAAAUACCAACUGACAAUGCCAAGUGUGUCACAGUAAACCUUUAAACAGCUCAACGCAUUGUCUUGUAUUUUUAGACCACCCAGUGCAUCGACUGUAGUCUAAGGCUAGUAGCCUGAUCCUAUAGCCAUUAUAUUUAUUUCCCUAUUUAAAUAUAUACCAUUAGAUUGUAAGUAACUGGAGAUUAAUAGUGAAACCUUAUACCCAUUUACUCAAAAGUAAAGCACAGUGAGAUUGAGAGUUAAUUUCAAACUGUGUAUAGCACUGUAGCCCUAAGUGAUUUCACUGAAACAUAUUUGCAACCAUGUUUAGAAAUGCAGUAUUCUUAUAAUACAAAGCACAAA